AUGAUCUAUGUUAGAUUUUGGAUUUAUUCCAUUAGAAAUAAUAAAUUAUAUUUUGAAAAAUUUCAACAUUUGCAAUGCCCUCCAAAUUUUAAUUUGAUAUAAUGUAAAUAUUUAUGUUUCUUGUUAUGUGUGUAAGGUUAUCAUAACGAAAUCGAAUAAAUUUCAAAUUAUGAAAACUAAUACUAAAUGAACAUUCCUAUUUAAUUUAAUAAUGGAAUAAAAAUAGAAUCAUAAAAGUCUAUAAUCCAUAUCUUUUAAUAUAAAAUUUAGUAUAUUAAACAUGAAUAAUUUAUCUUAUAAAGAAAAAUAGAGAUUUACAUUAUGAUGUUAACACAACUUUUAAAGACAAAUAUGUAAACUUAAGUGUUAGCAAUUAAACAAAGAAAAAGAGCUAAUUAUGACUAAAUUUAAAUUAAAAAGAAAUAAAAAUAUUUUGACAAAUCUGAAAGAAUAAACUACUUUUAAUCCAUAAAUAAAUGA